ACCACCGCGAUGGGGUAGCUCCUCGGCCUGCUGUGCAAGGGGGCGUCAGACGUAACCAGGCGUUGCUAUGCAAGAGUUUUAUAGCUUCUAUUGAUGUGCGAAGCCGGAUCGCGCGGUUCAAUAGCGUCAAAGACAUAAGCCGAUUUGCGCUGCUGGAACCACCGUGAAUGGAUCGUCACCCCUCAAAAGGAUUACACCCGGCCAGGCUUUAUCAUUGCUCACGUAUAUUUUUCAAUAAACAAGAUGGGAGAUGAUUGAAACGAAAUCUCUCGAUUAAAGCGCUUUUACGAUGAAAUCAGGAGUCUCUUACACGUCGAAACAAUUAGAAGAAAUGGCAGUAUAAUAUUUUUUUUUACAUUUGUGGUUUAAUAGCCCUUUCGUGAUACAGACGAUUCGUUCAGAUCAACUCCAAAAGAAACAGGAAUCAUGUUGCUGAACGAAGAUGUAAUGAAAUCAGCGAGUCUCGGUAGCAAGAAAGGCUACUUCGCAACCUUCUUCAUCCCGCCUGCCGACGAGGACGAAUGUGUCUUCCAAGACAUCAUCAAGACCGAGAAGGAAUGGCGUCCAGAUACCUCCCUCAGCCAUCACACAUCGACGUCAUCCUCGAGAUCGAACCGGGGUUCGAAGUCGCCACGAGGUCGGGCGGGUCAACGCGGCCGGGGAGGCGCGAGAAGCAAAAGCGCCACGAGGAGCAUCGACUUCGAUCUCGACGAUGGUGACCCGGAGAGGGACAGGAAUCGAGUGAGCACGGCGAGGAGUUCGAAAGCGAUGUCGGUACUGUCGUGGGGAGGUUAUUCUGAUUCCACACUGCCGCCGCCACCGUCGAGAUCAGCCAUGCGGAGUCAUGCGGGUGAUGGGAGACGUUCGAUCGGUAGAGGUCAACCGAUCAAGUAUGCAUUUGAUCAAGGGAAGGCUUUCGCCACUCAUACAGAGAGGACAAAGAAGACGUGUGAGGUUAUUAAAGAUGCUAACCGUGGAAGCGGUGGUGAUUCGAAGGAGCGUACCUGUCGGCCGUAUAGUAGCUAUACCGUAUAUCAGAAGCGAGAGAACAUAGCUAUCAGCCCGUAUGGUGAGCCGAACUUGAAAGGAGCCGCAGGGAGGUAUCGAGAGCAGUACCAAACCAUCACCAACUCCGUGCCACCACCGAACGACCCAACCAAGGAAUCCAGAGACUAUGUCUUCAAGAAGUUCCUGGAGAACCUGACAGCACGCUCGAGUCUUGCCGGCCGCUCACCCAUUGGGACGCUGAAGAAACCGCCACCAAAGCCGGUACGGAAGCCAAGCGCGAAGCUGAAUUCGAAGAUUGAUCAUCUGCACAAACAGGCAAAAGCUAGAAUGACCAGUGUCCAGAAGGACCUGUCGAGUGAGAAUAAACUCGUAAAGGGACAUCACGGUGUGGAAUACGUUAUAGCCAUGGAGUUGUCUCACAACCUUGAGAAGCACCGUAUGAAGCGGUCAUACAGCUUCCCCAGCCUGCCAACCGUCGCGGUAGCCGCUAACACAACAACGCGGUUAGACGCACCGCGGUUGAGAACACAAUCGGUUAACCACCUCACGCCGGGUGAAACGGCCAUCAGGGGAGGUAUUGAGACUAACGUUUUCGAUUCGGAACGGAGCAAACGCGGACCACUAACAUGCAUUGAGCGUAAACCUCGCGUGCGGUCACCGCUGCUUUCUAAACUCUCCCGUGACCGCUUCUUACCGGAAGCGAUCAAACGUCGUGAGAUUGAGCGUCAGGAGAGUCUGGCAGGGCUACGCAUCACCGCCAACACGCCGGUCACAGACUGGAAAACGGAAACAGACCGACGACCUUCUUUGACUGCGACGACUAAAAUGCAAUUGGAUUCCCUGGCGUCGAAAUCAAUUGAAAACCUGAAUGACGUCGAUGACGACGGCAUCGAUGGGCGAUCGGAUGACGUCGAAAAUAACUCGGAUCACGAAAACCUGGACACCAAUGAUUGCGCGGUUGAAGAUUUGUAUAAUGAUGACGAACAGGAACAACAUUCAGGUGAUGAAAAUACUCAGGCAGCAGAUCAGACGGUUGAAGUUCGUGAUGAUGUUGAUGAGGAUUGUGGUUUAAAUGAUGGAAAUGCUCCUUCUGUUCAUGAUCCGGAAGUAAAUCAGGUGGAUGAAAGUCAGACCGAUGAGAAAGAUGGUACGGAGGUCGUUUCGGGAUCUCUCGAAUCGGAACAUGCUGGGAAUGACGUCACGCCUGAAGUGACCAAUGAAGAGGGAGGGGGUAAAAGUGGAAAUGAAUAAAUCAAUGAUGAACUCGUUUGAGUUAGAAAUAUGGUACGCAGUAUACAGGUUGAAAUUUCAAAUUAAAAACAUUCUUUUAUCCCAGUCCAGAACCAGUCAAUUCUUCAUAUUAAGUGAAAAAUAUCAUAAUUCCCAGAUACAAAGAUCCACACGUUUUAGGAAAGUGAUGAAAGCAGCAUGGACCUGGCCAUGGAGGAUUAUCUAUUGUUACCAUGGUUACUGGGGAUGCUGUGACAGUGCUCAGCAGUCAGCACCCCCAGUAACAAUUAAUAUACUAAUCCUCCGACCAUGGACAGGGCCCUGGUAAUUAGCAGACCCUAUAUUUGUUUCCUCUCCUUCUUUGAAUCUAUAUCCUUAUUUUUAUCAGUCGAUGAUUUUCUAAUUGGUUUUUCCUUGUUAUGAAACAUCCCUGCUUAUAGAUACAUUGAUCGCAAAAUGACAAAUACUUUCGUAAACGCUAUAUCCUGACAUCAGAUUUUGGGGAUGAUGUUUUUUGUUGAUAUUUAUUUCUGAUGUAUAUAUUAGAUAUAUUUUUAUAUUUGAUAUAUUUGAAAUAUUUGUAAAUUAUUAAUGAAUCAAAAUCAAUAGACUGUUUAUUUACAAAAAAAAUUGUUGGAGUUUCAAGGAAGAAAUACGUGCAAUUGUGUGGAAAUAGAUGGAUUAUGUUUUAGAACUUCGAGUUUUUUCAUGAUUAUUAAGUGAUUAUUUGUAACUCGAAUCCUCAAAAUGAUAAUGUAAAAUUGCAGUAUGACAAUCAAACUAAACAUGUAUUUGUGAUAUAAAUGUUUGACACUCUCUUUCCAUUUUUGUAACAUGCAGCACCGAUGUAGUACUGAAAUAAAUACAGAUUGUAAUGACGUAUUUCAA